CGUACCCUAUAAUUUUCAUACGUACGCAUUGAAACAACAACAGCGUCAAAAGGCUAAAGUGCGUAAAGAAAUAGCUUGCAAAUCAAUCUGUUGCUGACCACUGUGGAAAUAUCGACAUCAGGUACGUUAAAUAAUAUUUAAUGCAGCUAACCAGUAAAUUGUAAACGGCACCUGAGUUUAUCGUCGUUUUGACGUGAUACUGAAGAGCCAGGAAAGACCGAGAAGCAAAACGUCGUCGUUAGCCAGCAAUGUCGAUGCCAGCUACUGGUAACGUUGUUUGCGAUCUAGUUAAAUGGCUGACUUUCUACUCACAUUUUGUUCACGAUAAAUAGAAACAAACUGUCCUGAUACAAUGUUUUAUUUGAAGGCUUGUGCUUAUAUUUAUAGUAGGCAAUUGGAAUUUAGCGAAUGAACGUUAGCUAGCUCGUUCAUUGUUUCGUAUAAUCACAAUUUGCUUGAUUUGCGCUUGAUUGGGGGAGAGGGCCUUCGUUAGCCAAAUUGGCUGGCUAACUAGGAUAGUUUGACAUCAAGUUAGAUGUCUGGCUAUUAUGACAACGCCCCCUUCAGCCAGCCGCAUCAUGGUUUGGGAGCAUCAUGUUACACUAUCUAAAUAUCUAGCUAGGUAGAUUUGACUAACUAAAAUUAACAAUGACAUGUAGGUUGUAGCGUGAAAUGAGCUACCUACUGUAGCUUCCUGUUACACUUUGCCCUCCCAACGCGAAGUAGCGACUGUCAUGUUGAAUCCAUUGCGUAGGUGGCCUGAUGUAACUGGGCAAUUGUUAACUCGUGUGCGAUUACGACAAGGUUUCAUCACAUUAGACAGUUGUUUAAAUAUUUGUUUAUGGUAGUUAGCCGUAAUAGUUUAUCGUUACCGGGGCGGGUGGGAUUUUGGCCAAGAUGUAUUUACAGUAGUUUUGUGUUAGGUUAUGCAACUGUCGCUAGCUAGCUAAGUAAAUCUGAAACAUAACCAGAGAUGAGACUGAGAACUGAGGCUUUAACUCAGGAAGCCCCUAACCCUUUACAACCAAGUCAGUGAAUGGCUAAGCCCCAUAACUGAGCUGCACUUGGCUCAGUUGGUAGAGCAUGGCGCCUGCAACGCCAGGGUUGUGGGUUCGAUUCCCACGGGGGACCCGUAUGAAAAAUCUAUGCACUCACUAACUGUAAGUCGCUCUGGAUAAGAGCGUCUGCUAUAAAAAAAACAAAAACACAAUCAUGGUUAGGGACAGAUCGACAUUUACUGUGGGGGAGGGGUGGUCCAAAAUAGGAGAGGGUUGUCCAAAAAAUUUUUUUUAACCUUUUUGGGUAGGGUUGUGUGUGAUUUUAUUUUUAUGGGGUACAGGGUAGGGUAGUGAGUUUUUUCCCCCUGGUUUACCUUCACUCUUCUGCUUGUAUUUUCUGUAUAAACAAUGUCUUCAUUGGCCUAGCUAAUGCAGGCCUAUGAUAUGAAGGCAAUUCGCCCGGCGCUCCAACUGACUCCGACAGUUGAACUUGAGGUGAGGAAGACUGUUUCUGGCCUACCAGAGUUACUUCUAUUACAUUUACAUUUUAGUCAUUUAGCAGAUGCUCUUAUCCAGAGCGACUUACAGUUAGUGAGUGCAUCAAUUUUUUUUUCAUACUGGCCCCCCGUGGGAAUCGAACCCACAACCCUGGCGUUGCAAACGCCAUGCUCUACCAACUGAGCUACACGGGACCUCUAUAAUAUAAUGCUUAUCUUUAUACCAAAUAUUAUAUGUUUGAAAAUUAGCCGCCUUUUGUAUGUUUAUCUGUAUAGCAGAAGCAGUAGCCACAUGACAUAAAGAAAUGUGUCGUAGCAUGCCACCGGCAUAUCUCUAUCUCUCUGGGGUUAGGCCUACAUCUUUCUGGGGUUAGGCAUAUAUAUAUAUAUAUGUAUAUGUAUAUGUAUAUGUAUAUGUAUAUAUAUGUAUGUGUAUAUGUGUGUGUGGAUUUGGUUAUUUCAGCCACACCCGUUGCUGACAGGUGUAUAAAAUCGAGCACACAGCCAUGCAAUCUCCAUAGACAAACAUUGGCAGUAGAAUGGCCUGUACUGAAGAGCUCAGUGACUUUCAACGUGGCACCGUCAUAGGAUGCCACCUUUCCAACAAGUCAGUUUGUCAAAAUGUCUGCCCUGCUAGAGCUGCUCCGGUCAACUGUAAGUGCUGUUGUUAUGAAGUGGAUAUGUCUAGGCGAAAUGUCUAGGCGCAACAACAAGAAUUGGUAGGCCACACAAGCUCACAGAACGUGACCGAGUGCUGUAGGGCAUAAAAAUCGUCUGUCCUCGGUUGCAACACUCACUACCGAGUUCCAAACUGCCUCUGGAAGCAACGUCAGCACAAGAACUGUUAGUUGGAAGCUUCAUGAAAUUAUAUAUUUGUAACAUUGGGAGGGGGUGAAUUUUUUAAAUUUUUCUAACACCUUGAGUUGGACCAGCCCCCCCCUUCAGUAAAUGUCAAUCUGUCCCUUGCAUUAAGACACCGAGCCAGCUGAGAUAUGGGUCGGAAAACGUACCGCAAUGUAGGGAUGGGAUGUGCCACUGUACACAAUUUGACCUUUAUCCAAACGGCUCCAUCAAGAACAUUCAAAUACUGCUAGUUUUCCCGGAAAACUGCCCUUUUCGUCCUCAUGCUAGCUAGCAGUAGCCGCAGCAGCCAUUAUGGAAUGGCACAUCGCGUUUAACAACAAAGGAGCUGAUUGGCUGACACUGCCAUUCAUAAAUGGCUUUGGUGGCUACUGCUAGCUAGCAUGAGGAUGAAAAGGGCAGUUUUUAAUGUAACCAUGAUUGCGUUCCGACCCCAGUGCAGCUCAAUGUAAAUAAGCGUGACGGUAGGGUCGGUAUCUUCUGCCAAAGCCCCGUACAAGACCUUAGUAAUGAAUGCAAUGUAACUUAGGCUAAUCCUAACACUAAUUAAUUCCAUGCAUAAGUGGAGGAGGCUACAUAUGUUCAUUUUCAGACCCAGGGAGUUAAUGUUUGCUAUCUAUUUGAUCUACCCAAGCAUGUGAUCCAGAAUAGAUAGGAAGUGACAAUAAGGUACUUUUGGUUCUGGUGAUGCAGACAGACAUGUUUUCACUUUCAUUCUGAGUUCUACCAUUCCAGUACAUGUAGGCUAGUUCAAGUUUCUAAAUUAAGAAGGCUGUGUUUAUUUCAUGCCGUUACUGUACUAAUCAACAGCAAUGGAUAAUGUCCAUCUCAUAUCUGUUUUGUUUCAGGACAUUUUACUCCUGGGACAGGGUCCAACCAAAUCCAGACAAGAUGAACGUGUUCGAUCGAAGUAUAAAUUUUGAUUCCCUUUUUAAAUUUUCUCAAAUGUAAGUAUCUUGGUUUACUAUUUCCACAUAAUGUCUGACAACCGUAAGGAGACUGUGUCACCAUGACUGUGUCAUCAUCAUGAGUCAUUCAUUCAACGGAAGCAGUCUGUACUGGUCACAAACUGGUUUUGCUAGUGUUACAGACAGAGAUGUGUUACCAAAGUAGAAUAUGACUAGAUAGGCCUAACUGAUGAGGUGGACAUUUUUUGUUAGUGUAUUUUCUGUAGAGCUAAACCUGUUCCUCGUACAAUAAAAACUCUCCCCUCUAUCUCAGCACCCGCUCCACUCAGGCUACAAGCCUAGCUAAUUCUGGGUGGGGUGGGGUAGUGAUACAUACAUUAAUCUGUGGAUGUUAGGCUUUGUGGGUGUUGUAUUUUGAAGAGUGUGUCAAUAUAGUUUACUCUUGUUGUCUUGCAACUUAAUGAAGAACAAAAAUAUAUCUAUUCCAUAUACAAUACAGCUCCCACUCCACUCAGCUGCACCUGAAGAAUGUCUACUCCAGCCUGGCCCUGUGCAUGUUUGUGGCUGCAGCUGGAGCCUACGUCCACGUCGUCACCAGGCUCUUCCAGGUAAACAGAGGUGGUGGUAGAGGCAGCAGUGGGAACAAGUGCAACCAAACUAAAGCACUUUAUUAGUGUGCUGUACUAUUAAAGGGCCAAUGCAGCAUUUAAAAAAAAUCUCAAUAUCAAAUCAUUUCUGGAUAACAAUUAAGUACCUUACUGGGAUUUUCAAUUUAAAAGUGUAAAAAAGAAACACAAAUGGCUCAAAUCAAAUUUGAUUUGUCACAUGCUUCAUAAACAACAGGUGUAGACUAACUGUGAAACGCUUACUUACUGGUCCUUUUUCAACAAUGUAGAGUUAAAGAAAAAAAGAUAUUGACACAUGGCUAUAUACAGGGAGUACCAGUACCGAGUCGAUGUGCAGGGGUAUGAGGUUAUUGAGGUAGCUAUGUACGUAUAGGUAGGGCCAAAGUGACUAGGCAACAGGAUAGAUCAUAGACAGUAGCAGCAGCAGGUAACCAUUUUAAUUAGCUAUUUAGCAGUCUUGUUUAGCAGUCUUAUGGCUUGGGGUAGAAGCUAUCAAAAAGAAAAGAGAACCAAGGCACUCUUCAUAUAAUUCAUUAAAAUACCUUUAUUUGUAUGGCAUGUUUAAUGGAACAAAGAUUUUAAAACUCUGAUGCGUUUCGGCUGCAUGGCCUUCAUCGGGGAGUACAAUGAUACAAUGUCUUCUUUUGAACAAACCAUUUUCCAAUCAACCCUAAUUGAAGAGGGAGUGGUCACAGAACAGCCUAUAUUCCAAAUUAAUUGGACAACACCUAGUAAACAACACUAUACAUUCAACAUUGAAAUAGAUAUGCUAUCAAAAUGCACAUCAAGGUCAGAAGUAUUAGAACCACUAGAAAAACAAAGUAGUUCUAGCCUUGAAUAGGAGUGGGAAAAAUUGUGAGAAUAGGAGAGCAAUACAUUUUAUAGUACGCUAGAUGACGGCAAACAUGGAUCAACGCAGUCCAAACAUGGCGUAGGGCAAUAUGUCCACUAGAUGACAGUAAAGGGACCGCUAAGACCCUACAGGAACGGUGAAAAAUCCAUAUCUUCCUUUAAACCAGGGUACUUAGUGGCCUGUAGUUUGUAAAUCCCCCAACAUUCCCUUUGGGUUAGCUGUUGAACGCGGUCCCCUCAUCUAAUUUAGGACUGAACAUGAUCAAUACCCUUAGCUUGUAUGGAGGCAGGGUUGCCAUGGUGUAAGGACUUGUAUUCCCUUGCCAUGGGGUAGUCUUUUAUUUUAUUAUUAUUAUAAUAAAAUAAAUUGGGUGUAGAUCAGGUUUAAUAUUGCAAAUAGAUUGUAGCUUCCAUCAAUGUAAUUGUCUGCAUCAUUUCCAAUCUAUGGGGCAGUCUUUGUUGCCUACCUGUGUGGCGUACUUGUGUCCCACUAAGCGGUCUUAAAGGUGUCUCUUUGUCCGUCCAAUGUAGAAUACCUUGCACUGUGGACAUUCCAAUCUGUAGAUGACAUGAGUGGCUUUACAGAUAAUGAAAUGCUUGACUUGAUACUCCGUGUUAGAAGCUGUAUCAGCAAAAUACUUUUUCUGUGCAGUAUUUUGUCUUUUGAGAGUCACCAUUUUACAUUUGAGUAAUUUAGGAGACGCUCUUAUCCAGAGUGACUUACAGGAGUAAUUAGGGUUAAGUGCCUUGCUCAAGGGUGCAUCGACAGAUUUUUCACGUUGUCGGCUCCGGAUUCGAACCAGCCAACCUUUCGGUUACUGGCCCAACACUCUUAACCACUAGAUUACCUGCUGCGAAGGUAGCUGUGGACUAGUUUGUUAUUUAGGGUAAUACCUCUCUUAAAGUUUAUGACUGGUGGCUCUGGGAAGACUUUGCGUAGUAGUGUAUGACUUUGGAUGAUUCCCCAAUUAUUUUAAAGUUCUCUGCUUCAGUGCUAUAUUUUGUAACAAAGUACACUCUGGUGCAUCACGAGGAGCUCCCCUCUGUAAAAAGUCCACUGUCAAGACGUCCUUGUCCCUGCAUCUUUCAGAACCUGACUACUGUAACCCCGGCUCAAGAAGCGAUUCUCCAAUUCAGCAGAUUGGACACGUCUGUUUCCUGAUCGCAAAUUCUGCAGACUAUUUGGAAUUGUCCAUAAGGAACGUUCUCUUUUAGCCUUUUGGGGUGGAAACUGUCUGUUCAGGGUCCUGUUGGUUCCAGACUUGGGCUUUCACACAUUUUUGGGGCCUUCUUCUGACACUGCCUGGUAUAGAGGUCCUGGAUGGCAGGGAGCAAGGCCCCAGUGGUGUACUGGGCUGUACUCAAUAUUAGAGGUCUUCACAGGUCCAAAAAACUUUUGCCACACUCGGAGUGAGGCUCUAUGACUGUAGCCUAUUGCUGCUUUGAUGACUUAUGAUUGGCCAACAGCAAGCUACAUGUGCAACGCUCCACUCGUGAAAAGCAAGGGUAGCAGCAUAAAUAAUACAAUUUCUCUCUACUGCAGCAGUUGCAUUCAGAUCUGUACGAGUCCUACCGGCCAAGUCAGUUAAAAUUACACAUACUCAAGACCGUGACAAUCAGAUCCGACCCAGACCCGUGAUAUUAUUUAGAAUUCUGGAUCCCGCUUGGGUCCUGGAUCGGGUCUCGGGUGUUCGGGUACAGGUGGAUCCGUGAAGACCUCUACUCACCACCCUCUGUAGCGCCUUGCGGUCGGAUGCCUUGUAGUUUCAGUACAAAGCGAUUAUGCAGCCAGUCAAGAUGCUCUCAAUGGUGUAGCUGUAUAACUGUUUGAGGAUCUGAGGGCCCAUGCCAAAUAUUUUCAGCCCCCUGAGGGGGAAGAGGCACUAUCGUGUCAUCUUCACAACUGUGUGGGGGUUUGUGGACCAUGUUAAUUCCUUGUUGAUGUGGACACAGAGGAACAUGAAGCUCUUGACCCGCUCUACUACAGCCCCAUUGAUGUAGAUGGGGGAGUGCUCACCCCUCCGUUUCCUGUCGUCCACGAUCGGCUCCUUUUGUCUUGCUGAUGUUGAGGGAGAGGUUGUUGUCCUGGCACCACACUGCCAGGUCUCCGGCCUCCUCCCUAUAGGCAGCCUCGUGAUCAGUCCUACAAACCAUUGUGUCGUCAGCAAACUUAAUGAUGGCAUUGGAGCCAUGCAUAGCCACGCAGUCAUGGGUGAACAGGAAGUACAGGAGGGGGCUAAUGCCACGCUCAAAACAACUGGAAACUCUGAAAAAUACGAAGUCAAAUCAUGACGUCAGUGAUCUUUAGGUCGGAAAGUCGGAGCUCUAGAAAGAGGCCAGAGUUCCCGAGUUGGAAUUCUGAGUUGGAUGACCGUUCAAAUCGAUAAUAUAGAGUUCCCAGUUGUUUUGAACGCGGCGUUAGCACGCACCCCUGAGGGGCCCCCAUGUUGAUGGUCAGUGUGGCAGAUGUGUUGUUGCCUACCCUCACUGUCUGGUGGUUGCCUGUCAGGAAGUCCAGGAUCCAGUUGCAGAGGGAGGUGUUCAGUCUAGGGUUGUCCCCGACAAAAAAAAAAAAAACCUUGGUUGACUGAGAGCCAUCUGUUCUUUUGACCAAUUAAUUGGUAAACAUUUUCAAACGUGUAUUUUUCUAUAUAGACACACCCUAUGUGUUUUAAUAAAAUCAACUACACUGCUCAAAAAAAUAAAGGAACACUAAAAUAACACAUCCUAGAUCUGAAUGAAUGAAAUAAUCUUAUUAAAUAUUUUUUUCUUUACAUAGUUGAAUGUGCUGACAACAAAAUCACACACAAAUUAUCAAUGGAAAUCAAAUUUAUCAACCCAUGGAGGUCUGGAUUUGGAGUCACCCUCAAAAUUAAAGUGGAAAACCACACCACAGGCUGAUCCAACUUUGAUGUAAUGUCCUUAAAACAAGUCAAAAUGAGGCUCAGUCUUGUGUGUGUGGCCUCGACCUCCCUACAACGCCUUGGCAUGCUCCUGAUGAGGUGGCGGAUGGUCUACUGAGGGAUCUCUUCCCAGACCUGGACUAAAGCAUCCGCCAACUCCUGGACAGUCUGGUGCAACGUGGUGUUGGUGGAUGGAGCGAGACAUGAUGUCCCAGAUGUGCUCAAUUGGAUUCAGGUCUGGGGAACGGGCGGGCCAGUCCAUAGCAUCAAUGCCUUCCUCUUGCAGGAACUGCUGACACACUCCAGCCACAUGAGGUCUAGUAUUGUCUUGCAUUAGGAGGAACCCAGGGCCAACCGCACCAGCAUAUGGUCUCACAAGGGGUCUGAGGAUCUCUUUUCGGUACCUAAUGGCAGUCAGGCUACCUCUGGCGAGCACAUGGAGGGCUGUGCGGCCCCCCCCAAAGAAAUGCCACCCCACACCAUGACAGACCCACCGCCAAACCGGUCAUGCUGGAGGAUGUUGCAGGCACCAGAACGUUCUCCACGGCGUCUCCAGACUCUGUCACAUGUGCUCAGUGUGAACCUGCUUUCAUCUGUGAAGAGCACAGGGCGCCAGUGGCGAAUUUGCCAAUCUUGGUGUUCUCUGGCAAAUGCCAAACGUCCUGCACGGUGUUGGGCUGUAAGCACAACCCCCACCUGUGGACGUCGGGCCCUCAUACCACCCUCAUGGAGUCUGUUUCUGACCAUUUUGAGCAGACACAUGAACAUUUGUGGCCUGCUGGAGGUCAUUUUGCAGGGCUCUGGCAGUGAUCCUCCUUGCACAAAGGCGGAGGUAGCGGUCCUGCUGCUGGGUUGUUGCCCUCCUACGACCUCCUCCACGUCUCCUGAUGUACUGGCCUGUCUCCUGGUAGCGCCUCCAUGCUCUGGACACUACGCUGACAGACACAGCAAACCUUCUUGCCACAGCUCGCAUUGAUGUGCCAUCCUGGAUGAGCUGCACUACCUGAGCCACUUGUGUGGGUUGUAGACUCCGUCUCAUGCUACCACUAGAGUGAAAGCACCGCCAGCAUGCUAAAGUGACCAAAACAUCAGCCAGGAAGCAUAGGAACUGAGAAGUGGUCUGUGGUCACCACCUGCAAAACCAGUCCUUUAUUGGGGGUGUCUUGCUAAUUGCCUAUAAUUUCCACCUGUUUUCUAUUCCAUUUGCACAACAGCAUGUGAAAUUUAUUGUCAAUCAGUGUUGCUUCCUAAGUGGACAGUUUGAUUUCACGAAAGUGUGAUUGACUUGGAGUUACAUUGUGUUGUUUAAGUGUUUCCUCUUUUUUUCUGAGCAGUGUAUAUGCAUUGAGCUUGUCUGAUGCUUUAAGUGCACUGUUUGAUUAAAUAAUUAAAACACACAAAUGACUCGAGGGAGCCAGGUCAAGAUGACCAGAACCUGUUCCCGAUCCUCCUCCUGCUGUCCUUCGCCGAUUCUGCCGUUACGCUCCCGAAGUUGCCGGUAAUAGGCAAUUUACAAUUUGUCUUACCAUUUCUACCAAUCUGCGUCCCACUUAUGAUUUUCAUAUGCAAAUUUUGUGGAACACUUUAAUUUCUAUUAAAAUAACAUAAUUUGUUCUAUUGCCAACUAGGUACAAAUAGGCUACAUAAAGCCAACAAUUAAGAACAUUGCAGGUAGAAAAUAUCCUGACUAUAAGUAUCCUAUAAAGGUUUGUUCUUCAAUCGCAAUAAUAAUAAUAAUAAUAAUAAUAAUAAUAAUUAGUCAUUUAGCAGACGCUCUUAUCCAGAGCGACUUACAGGAUCAAUUAGGGUUAAGUGCCUUGCUCAAGGGCACAUCGACAGAUUUUUCACCUAGUCGGUUCGGGGAUUAGAACCAGCGACCUUUCGGUUACUGGCACAACGCUCUUAACCACUAAGCUACCUACUCCGCCUUUCUGCAACGAACUUGAAACAUUGUAUCAACUGGGUAUGGCCUGCAGCUCCCGCUAGCAAACUUGCAAAAUUGUAUUAACAAUUCUGGACCCUCAGUGAGUAGAGCUGUAUUUGCGCAAGGGACAAUAAGUAAUCAGGUCUUUCAUGAUGUUUCCACUGCAUCAGAGCAUUACAUUUUUCCCUUUCACAACGAGGCUCAGUGGUUAUCAAAAGGGAGAGCGCUGGGUCGAUUUCUCAAAUAGCCAACAUUAGGAACUAUUGCCAUUCUCAAUGGAUGUAAAAACUUGCUGUUUGAGGUGAAGAGAAAUACUUUGAAGCUCCACAGCUCUUUUAGUGGUGGUGAGUUAAGACAAUCAGAAAUGCUGUCAGACAUCCCCAAAUCUGCUCAUUUAUAAAUUUGCGCGCCGGCCAGGUAGCCUUUCUAUGUGUAAUCGGGUGCGUGUCCUUACACAACCUUGAAAGGAGCGUUCCAAACAGAAUACAAUGAAACUUGUUUAUCACAAGUGUAGAAUAGGUUGUGAGCUCUACAAACAGCUUGUCCACUCCGACAAUGAGAAUGGUAAACAACUGUAAUAAUAACCUAUUGAAUGCAUUAACAUAAAUUACCGUAACCAAACAAACAUUGUAGAUUAGAAAUUAUGGGAAUUAACGUUAAAUGUACUACUGUUGAUAUAUGAAAUGGUGAAUUGAUACACUAACAGAGGCAAACAAUUUACACAAUGAAGUGAUGAAAAAAUUUGCAUGAAUUGGGGGGAGCACAUUCUGGAGAGAAUCUAAGCCACACUCCCCUUCUUGACACAACAUUUAAAAUGUAUACCCAAGACACAUUAUCUUCACACAUACUGUAGGCCCAAGAUAAACAAUGCAAUUUCACUUAUUUUAUCAAUUUAAUUAAAUUGCUUGGCGUGCUGAGGAAAAUACCCUCGUGGCACACAUGCCUUACAAUGCCGAUGCCUGUCUUAGAGUGAUGACUGUGCCAUCCCCGCUGCCUCCAAUGGAUUAGUCUACUGAGACAGGCGUGAAUCAGACCGGUGUCUCGUGUGCCAUGACAUAAAUAAUAAUUAGCAACUGCUCGACUAAAAAAUCUCGCUUGACUAACAGCCUGUCGACUAAAUGGGGUCAGCCCUAGUUCAGUCACAGAUUCCUGAGCUUGGUGAUGAGCUUGGAGAGGACUAUGGUGUUGAAUGCUGAGCUGUAGUCAAUGAACAGCAUUCUUACAGCGGUAUUCCUUUUGUUCAGGUGGGUGAGGGCAGUGUGGAGUGCAAUUGAGAUGGCGUCAUCUGUGGGGGCAGUACGCGAAUUGGAAUUGCUCCAGGGUGUCUGGGAUGAUGGUGUUGAUGUGAGCCGUGACCAGCCUCAAAGCAUUUCAUGGCUAUAGAUGUGAGUGCUACGGGGUGAUAGUCAUUUAGGCAGGUUACCUUGGCCUUCUUGGGAAUGGGGACUAUACACGUCCUGGUGUUCCGUCUGACCCCGCGGCCUUGCAAAUUUUAACCUGUUUAAAGGUCUUACUCACAUCGGCUAGGGAGAACAAGUUCACACAGUCAUCUGGAACAGAUGGUGCUCGUGUUGCUUGCCUAGAAGCGAGCAACAAGACAUUUCGCUGGUCAGGUAGGCUCGCAUCGCUGGGCAGUUUCCCUUUGUAAUCAGUGAUAGUUUGCAAGCCCUGCCACAUCUGUCGAGAGUCAGAGCCGGCGUACUAGGAUUCGAUCUUAGUCCUGUAUUGAAGCUUUGCCUGCUUGAUGGCUCGUCAACGGUCAUAGCGGGAUUUCUUAUAAGCGUCCGGAUUAGUGUCCCGCUCCUUGAAAGCGGCAGCUCGAGCCUUUAGCUCAGUGCAGAUGUUGCCUGUACUCCAUGGCUUCUGGUUGGGAUAUGGUCACUGUGGGGACGACGUCGUCGAUACACUUAUUACUUGACUCGUUUUGCGCAUUCUAACUUACAACUGAACAGUAACUGAAUGCCUCGAUGUCUGCCUGCUUCAUAUAACAAGCCACGGCCACGUGACUCGCUGUCUGUAGGAGCGAUUCAUUUUCAUGAAUGGGGUGGUGUACCUAAUAAACUGUCUGGUGAGUGUAUAACACAGGAAGACCACGUUUCUGACUGCAUUAGGCCUUUAACAAAACUUAAGUGUGUGGAGAGUGGGGGGUAGAUUUCACAAAAGAUGGCCAUAUAACAUACGAUUGAUUGUAUGUGGUAACGCAUUGAUGUUUUUUCAUUAACUGGUGAAUGGCGAUCACCAUUGAUGUUAUUAUAUUAUUAUAAUAACUAUUGCUGUGUGUUUUGUGUCCAUUUAGGGUGGGCUGUUGACCAUGCUGGGCUCCCUGGCCAUGAUGGCCUGGCUGGCUAUGACUCCCCACAGCCCUCUGACUGAGAAGAAGAGACUGGCCAUCCUCUCCGGUUUUGCCUUCUUCACAGGUAACCUCAUCUGCUCCAUAGCUCUGUCAGAAAAAUCGAUUUCUGUAUGCUAGCUAUGAUUACCAGCUUAUACGAACGGGAGUUAGCAUUUAGCAGUCGCUUCUUAUAAACCUGAAAAGGGACAACUUCUACAUGGUUUGCAGCGAAAACAGCUAAAUAAACUCAGCAAAAAAAGAAACGUCCUCUCACUGUCAACUGCGUUUAUUUUCAGCAAACUUAACAUGUGUAAAUAUUUGUAUGAACAUAAGAUUCAACAACUGAGACAUAAACUGAACAAGUUCCACAGACAUGUGACUAAUAGAAAUUGAAUAAUGUGUCCCUGAACAAAGGGGGUGUCAAAAGUAAGUCAGUAUCUGGUAUGGCCACCAGCUGCAUUAAGUACUGCAGUGCAUCUCCUCCUCAUGGACUGCAUUAUAUUUGCCAGUUCUUGCUGUGAGAUGUUACCCCACUCUUCCACCAAGGCACCUGCAAGUUCCUGGAAAUUUCUGGGGGGGAAUGGCCCUAGCCCUCACCCUCCGAUCCAACAGGUCCCAGACGUGCUCAAUGGGAUGGAGAUCCGGGCUCUUCGCUGGCCAUGGCGGAACACUGACAUUCCUGUCUUGCAGGAAAUCAUGCACAGAAUGAGCAGUAUGGCUGGUGGCAUUGUCAUGCUGGAGGGUCAUGUCAGGAUGAGCCUGCAGGAAGGGUACCACAUGAGGGAGGAGGAUGUCUUCCCUGUAACGCACAGCGUUGAGAUUGCCUGCAAUGACAAGCUCAGUCCGAUGAUGCUGUGACACACAGCCCCAGACCAUGACGGACCCUCCACCUCCAAAUCGAUCCCGCUCCAGAGUACAGGCCUCGGUGUAACGCUCAUUCCUUUGACGAUAAACGAGAAUCCGACCAUCACCCCUAGUGAGACAAAACCGCGACUCGUCAGUGAAGAGCACUUUUUGCCAGUCCUGUCUGGUCCAGCGACGGUGGGUUUGUGCCCAUUGGCGACGUUGUUGCCGGUGAUGUCUGGUGAGGACCCGCCUUACAACAGGCCUACAAACCCUCAGUCCAGCCUCUCUCAGCCUAUUGCGGACAGUCUGAGCACUGAUGGAGGGAUUGUGCGUUCAUGGUGUAACUCGGGCAGUUGUUGUUGCCAUCCUGUACCUGUCCCCCAGGUGUGAUGUUCGGAUGUACCGAUCCUGUGCAUGUGUUGUUACACGUGGUCUGCCACUGCGAGGACGAUCAGCUGUCCAUCCUGUCUCCCUGUAGCGCUGUCUUAGGCGUCUCACAGUACGGACAUUGCAAUUUAUUGCCCUGGCCACAUCUGCAGUCCUCAUGCCUCCUUGCAGCAUGCCUAAGGCACGUUCACGCAGAUGAGCAGGGACCCUGGGCAUCUUUCUUUUGGUGUUUUUCAGAGUCAGUAGAAAGGCCUCUUUAGUGUCCUAAGUUUUCAUAACUGUGACCUUAAUUGCCUACCGUCUGUAAGCUAUUUGUGUCUUAACGACCGUUCCACAGGUGCAUGUUCAUUAAUUGUUUAUGGUUCAUUGAGCAAGCAUGGGAAACGGUGUUUAAACCCUUUACAAUGAAGAUCUGUGAAGUUAUUUGGAUUUUUACGAAUUCUUUGAAAGACAGGGUCCUGAAAAGGGGAUGUUUCUUUUUUUGCUGAGUUUAUAUCCAAAUCGGACUUUAGCAACCACAUUGUGGGCCUGUUAAAAUACAUAAACCUUGACGGAUGAUGAAUAUCCACUUUGUUAGAUCAGAUUUGUUGAAUGUGGGCCAAUCUGGUCAAUGGAACAUCUGUGUUCCAUUGACUCCUUUACCGCAUCUAUAUUGGUCAUGGAGAAAUCCAAACCAGUCUAAUUGGAAUGAAUGGCAGUCGAGGCAUAACCCUUUUUUGUUAUCAACCUUUUUAUUUAUUUUUAAAGGAACACAGACAAUAACAAAAAGCAGCAGGAAUGGUUAUGCAGUAGGUAAAUACAAUUAGAAUAGACCACAUAGCCUAUACAUCCAUACACUGAGUGUAGAAAACAUUAAAGACGCCUUCCUAAUAUUGAGUUGCACCCCCCUUUUUCCCUCUCAACAGCCUCAAUUCGUUGGGGCAUGGAUUCUACAAGGUAUCGAAAGCGUUCCACAGGGAUGCUGGCCCCAUGUUGACUCCAAUGCUUCCCACAGUUGUCAAGUUGGCUGGAUGUCCUUUGGGUGGUGGACCAUUAUUGAUACACACGAGAAACUGUUGAGCGUGAAAAACACAGCAGCGUUGCAGUUCUUGACACAAACCGGUGCGCCUCGCACAUACUACCAUACCCUAUUCAAAAGCGCUUAAAUAUUUUGUCUUGCCCAUUCACCCUCUGAAUGGCACACAUACACAAUCCAUGUCUCAAGGCUUCAAAAUCUUUCUAUAACCUGUCUCCUCCCCUUCAUCAAGUUACAUCAAUAAGGGAUUAUAGCUUUCACCUGGUCAGUCGGUCAUGUUUUGUACACUCUGUGUAUAUCGCCCACCCGUGAUGCAUCAACCCACCCUCCAACCCCUCCUGGCGACUACCCCAACCCACCCAACCUGAACUCCAUGAAAUUAAAUACAAAAUCAAGCAAUUGUGAUAAAAUCAGAAGGGUACACUUUUGCACAUGAGUAACAAGUAAAGAAAAUAAUGGCAAUCGGUUGGGAAAUAAACUCACUACAGUAGUUAUUUUGAUAACUAGCUGUCAAUUGUUGCUGUCAAACCUGACAACGUUAUACGUCUUUACUGUAAUGACAUUAGUGGUGAAUUAUCAUUAAGUAAUAACAGUUUGGUGGAUCAAGGUAUGGUGAUAUCAAGUACGUCAGAUAAGACGGAGGAUACCUCUUUCCAAAAUAUCUUCACACCCGAGAACUCCCAGUACACAUGCAUAAAGGUAUCUUGGUUACAUGGGUCACACAGAGGAGAGAUUAUGAUUUCUAGGUGUAAGGUGAAAUUAAGUAUGUCAGCUGAUGAUUGGGAUUCUUAGAAGAACCCGCUAAGUUCUCCCAUACAGGAUCCCAACAAAUAUCAACAGUAGAUGGUUUUCUUAUCCAUUGAUUCUUAACUGGUACUGAUUUUUGUAAGCUGCAACUAACAUAACAGUAUACAGAUCAGUAACCAAACUCUGAGUUACCAUGUCUAUCUAAUAUUCUAUGUAGUUUAUGUUGUGGGAGGGAUGAGUCCCGAGGGACACCAUACGCCCGCAUUGGUGAUCUUUAACGUAGAUAAAAGAAAGUACCAGGUAAUUGAAAUAUAGCCCUAAGAUCAUUCAAGACUUGCAAACCUUAAUCUCUAAAUAGAUCAUCCAAAACAUGCACUCCCUAUCCUCCCAUUGAGUGAAUGAAAAGGGGAUACCCCCAGAAAGAAGGGAAUGAUUGUGGAAAAUUGGUGACUGAGCAUGCCACUUCUGUAUUGUUAGAUUACUUUUCUACUAAGCGCCAUGUGAGUAAGAAGGAAAUUAGUGUUCCAAGACCGUAACUUGGUAGAUUUUUAUGGUACAGCAGAAUUUACUAGAUCCUGAAGUCUGUGUGGUAAGUACAUUUACCCAUCCUGCCUGGUACAGGCUGCUUGCGGUGGUGUGCUGGUGUAAAUCAACUGAAAUGGUUCCGAAAAAUAAGUGCUCACAGGCCAAAUGUAGAACAAUGGGGAUCCAAGGAAUGGAGCGAGAAAGAUAAGCAGCCAUCUUUCUGCAUGUCACGUGAUUCCCAUCAGUCAGAGGCAUAAUCUUGAUUUGACUUAAGCAGGAAAAUUUAAAGUAAGGCAUGUGAUAUCAGAAAAUGUGUAAUAGAAUUGUCAAACUAAAAUAUUGUCAUAUUAUUAUAAAUACAGUUUAUACAGGUUUUAGAACAAUUCUGUAUAAAUAUCCUCAAAUAUUUAAACAGACAAAUGUCUCAAUUUUUUUUUUUUUCUUGGAAAGCUGUGAGUGCUAUUAUAUGAUACAAUAUCAGUACUUGUUGCAUUUACAACUUGUUUAAGUCCUAUUAUCAACUGAUUUCAGCCAAUGUAUGGCUGUGGAUUGACUGCAUUGUUUGAAUGGAAUGUUUGCAUAUUGGUAGUUAAUUUGAAAGAUUUAUGAAAUUAUUCCUCUAAAAGUGGAUGGCUAGCUAGUGAACAAACAUAAAAUGCAUAUACAUUCUUCAAACUCAUUAUUUUACACUUUCUUAUCACAAUGGCUGACCUUUAUCCCAUCAUAAAAAGGUUCAUGUCCAUUCUACUAUUCUAAUUUCUAAUUCUAUGGUUUCCUCCAUAUUCCCAUGAGGGGGAGGGUACGAUUGCACACUUCUAAAGAAGGGUAGAGAAUCGGAACGCAGCCUAUGUAUUUUUAGUUAUUGAAGUAGUCAUGAGCUGAUGUUUUAUGUUUUCCUUUCCCUCUUCAUUUCAGGUGUUGGUUUGGGCCCAGCCAUGGAUUAUGUCAUCUCUAUUAACCCAAGGUAAGAUGACAGUAAUAAUAUGUAUAGUAGCUAGUUCCUUUUGAAUGAGGGGUUUCUCCUGAGGUGACUGAAUGAGUCUUUUCUCACAUCUCUCUGCUUUCCCCCUCCAACCAGCAUCAUUGUGACAGCCUUCCUGGGGACCUCCAUAAUCUUUCUGUGCUUCACGCUGAGUGCCCUCUAUGCCCAGCGCAGGAGCUACCUCUUCCUUGGAGGUAAAGUGCGGAACCUUCAUAUUCAUGCAUAAUGUACCAAGUAAUGAAAGACGAGCACUGUAGUUUUGAGUUCCACAUAGUGGGUGUGGAAGCGGUGACAUUUUUGUUGUUGUUGCAAUCUAUAAAUAAGGACAAACCACCUGGUACCGACAACCUGGAUGGGAAAUUGCUGAGGUUGGUGGUGGAAUACAUUGUGACUCCUGUUUGCCACAUCUUAAAUGUAAGCCUAUAAGACUGUGUGUGCCCUCAGACAUGGAGGGAGGCAAAGGUCAUUCCGCUACACAAGAAUAGCAGAGCACCCACCCUUUAAUGGUUUAAACAGCCGACCAAUCAGCCUAUUACAAGUGCUUAGCAAACAUUUGGAGAAAAAAAAUGUUUUAUCAAAUAUACAGUAAGGGAAAAAAGUAUUUGAUCCCCUGCUGAUACUUAUUUCCCUCGUUUUAAAAUGCAAAUCAAUUUAUAACAUUUUUGACAUGCGUUUUUCUGGAUUUUGUUGUUGUUAUUCUGUCUCUCACUGUUCAAAUAAACCUACCAUUAAAAUGAUAGACUGAUCAUGUCUUUGUCAGUGGGCAAACGUACAAAAUCAGCAGGGGAUCAAAUACUUUUUUCCCUCACUAGUUAUUUUACAGAAAACAAAUGAACAACCGAUUUUCAGCAUGCUUAUAGGGAAGUGCAGAGCUGUUCUGUUAGACUUCACUGCAGCUUUUGAUGUCAUUGAUCAUAAGCUAUUGCUGAAAAAACGUAGGUAUUAUGGAUUUGCCUUAUUAUGGAUUGAGAGUUACCUAUCUAAUAGAACAGAGGGUUUUCGUUAAUGGAAGCCUCUCUCAUGCAACUUCAGUUGUGUGCGUACCGCAGGGCAGCCGGCUAGGGCCAUUAUUGUUUUCUGUUUUUACUAAUGACUUUCCACUGAUCUUGAAUAAAGCCUGUGUCUAUGCACGCUGAUAACUCAACAGUAUACACGUUGGCUGCCACAGUAAAAUAAUUAACUGACACCCUUAACAUAGAGCUCCAGUCAGUUUUAGAAUGGGUAACUAGCAAUAGGCUGGUGCUAAAUAUCUCAAAAACUAAAAGCAUAAUUUUGGGGACAAAUCACUCGCUCAACGCUAAACCUCAUUUAGAUAUAUUAUUGAAUAAUGUGGCGAUUGAGCAAGUUGAGGAGACUAAACUGCUGGGUAUAACUCUAGAUAGCAAGCUGUCAUGGUCAAAACAUAAACAUAUAGACUCAAUGGUUGCUAAAAUGGGAAGAGGUCUGUCUUCCUUUCAUUUCAGUUGACCAGACAAGUCCCACAGGCCCUAGUUUUGUCGCACCUGGACUACUGCCAAUCUGUGUAGUCAUGUGCGGCAAAGAGGGACAUCAGUAAAUUGCAGUUGGUCCAGAACAAAGCAGCACGUAUCGCACUUAGGUGUACACAGAGGGCAAGUGUCAGUAACAUGCAUGUCAAUCUCUCCUGGCUCAAAGUUAAGGAGAGAUUGAAUGCAUCACUAUUGGUCUUUGUGCGAGGUAUUGAUGUGUUGAAGGUACCGAACUGUCUGUUCAAGCAGUUGGCACACAGUUUGGACACUCAUUGGUACAACACAAGACAUGCAACCAGAGGUCUCUUCACAGUCCCCAGGUCCAGAACAGAGGCUGGGAAACGCACAGUAUUAAAUACAGCCAUAACUACACGGAACUCUCUGCCACACCAGGUAACUCAAGCGAGCAAUAAAACCAGAUUAAAAAAAACAACAGAUAAAAUAACAGACUGGGAAGAGACACAGCCAUUUUAUAUAUAUUGUAUUGUAAUUUGCACUUAUGUAUUAGCCUACAUAUCAGUACAUACACACAAUAUCAAGGUCUAUGUGUGAAGUUUUUUAAAUGUAUGUAGUUCAGUCCUUGACUAAUGUUCUGUACUAUGUAUUAUGUCAUGUUUCAUGUGGCACCGAGGAAGAGUAGCUGCUGCUUUUGCAGCAGCUAAAGGGGAUCCUAAUAAAUACCAAAGUGUUCUUUGCUGCUAACCAGAUAUUGUGUAAUGUAAAGGAACUGAAACUAUAGAAAGUAAACUCGCACACCUUGAAGUGCUACCAGGUGCAUGGAGAAAAAAGUGUGCUCAUUACGUGUGCUGGAGUUGUCCUUUUUAUUAAGGAACUGAAACUUACCACUCUGGAUUUAGGGAGACUGUGCUCACUAAAUACAAACGUCAUACUAAACCAAUGUUACCAAAUGCACAUACCCCAAGUUGUUAAUAAAGAAGUUUCCAACUUUCUAUUCUGUUCAUUUAUUUAUCGAACAUUUUCUUCUCUCCGUCUUUCAGGUACUCUGAUGUCCGGACUGUCCAUCCUGCUCCUGGUCUCUUUCCUCAACAUGUUCCUGGGGUCUGUCAUGUUGUUUACGGUAAAGAGGAAAACAACCCAAUAUUGUCAUGUUUGCUGUUUUUUUAUCCAUUAUUAUUGCUACACAGUGCUACACAGUGCUGUCCAACACUACUCUUUAUGGACUUAGCUAUGACUUAGUGUGCUGGUUGUCAUUUUCACCAAUCAAGCAUUUCUCUCUGUGUGUGUAGGCUCACGUGUACCUUGGCCUGGCCAUCAUGUGUGGAUUCGUGCUGUUUGACACUCAACUCAUCAUUGAAAAGGCUGAGAUGGGAGACAAAGACUACAUCUGGUAAGGGACACACACUCUCUCUGGACCUGGUGAGGAGGGUGAGUGGUUAGAUGUUGAAACAUAAUUUUUUGUAAUCUGGAAUUUCGAAACUUGUAUGGGUGUGUCUGUCAGCCUGUGGCUCUAAAUUAAAAUGUUUCAUUGGUACCACUGGUACUCCCAGCUUAAAGUUAUGAGCACAACAACAUUUAGGAGCACCAGAAAAUAGGAUACAUUUAAAAAAAAAUUGAGAUAUAGCUUAUAACUUAUAUUUUCAUUUUAGUCAUUUAGCAGACGCUCUUAUCCAGAGCGACAUACAUAUAAUUUUUUCUUCAUACUGGCCCCCCGUGGGAAUCGAACCCACAACCCUGGCAUUGCAAGCGCCAUGCUCUACCAACUGAACUACACUGGGCCCAUAUGAAUUCGACCUACUUCUGAAGCACAUGUUGUGUCAUAGAAACUUAUAGGUAACCCUGUAAAUACAUUUGUUAAUGAUAAAAAGCAAAAAUGUUGAUACAAAUACCCGUCAUUGAAAAUAGUUAUUUGUUGAAUAUUAGAUUUCUACAUAGUUGGGGCCCUAUAAAAUGUAUUUCCCGUUUUGUUUUGCCCAAAUUCCGUUUCCAGGUUUAGAUUUUCAAUUUAUUUUCAGGUUUUCACUUUCAAAAUCACUUUUUAAAUAGAACAUCCAGUUUUGUUGUUUUUCUAAAUCCACAACAAUGCUUAAACCACAUCAGGUGACCACAUAAGAUAUUUUUAAUUUUUAAGUGUAGUUACCUUUUAAUUCAAGUGCACACCAUGCACCUAUAGCAAUAGACUGUUUGGUUCAAAGUGUUUCUGUAGCCCAUGUGUGUGUGUGUGCAGAGUAUGCAAAACAAAUGCUCAAUGGAUUGAUGCAAGUAAGCAUGAGAUCUUUCUGCCAGGUAGGGAUAGGCUACUUUGUAGUUAACAUUUAAUUGAAAAGGUUUUUGAGAGAGCCUUUCCAUCUACCAGAAAGCAGUUAUCAUUAGCAUCGCUAACGGCUACACAAAGUGGUAGACAUACGCACAAACGGCACAGCGCGCACACAGACAGGACAUUCCUGUGCUUUGCAUCUUCAGAAAGUUGCAGGAAAUACGAAUCACUGAUGCAUUCUGUUUAUGUCUCAUGAUAUGGGUGGCAGGUAGCUUAGUGGGUAAGAGCGUUGUGCCAGUAACCGAAAGGUCGCUGGUUCUAAUCCCUGAGCCGACUAGGUGAAAAAUCUGUCUGUGCCCUUAAGCAAGGCACGUAACCCUAAUUGCUCAUGUAAAUCGCUCUGGAUAAGAGCGUCUGCUAAAUGACUAAAAUGUAAAUGAUUAUACUUGGGCUAAUUUAAUUAAUCUUGAAAUGUUUGGGCUAGAAACAAUCCGUUGGAUGUAGCCUAGUAAUGGUGCAACCAUAACGCUGUGCUGGCUUUUUUCUCUAAGGCACUCGGAAACAACAGUACAGCGAAGACUAAUCAUUACAACUAUUAUUAUCUGCUUGUUUUUUUUCUAGGCUCACUGGUGCUCCCAAAUUAAAAUUCCAGGUCGCACAACAGAAUAUUAAGGAGCAUAUGGUCGCACUUUAGAUUGCCCACGCAAUCUUUCCUUCUCAAACACAGAAAAACAUACAGUAGGGUAUACAAUGCACUUGGUAUUGUGGCUCAUCAAAAGUUUUAGAAGAUAUUUGAUAACACUUCUCUCUUCACCCUAUUGAAGGCAUUCUGUGGAUCUCUUCUUGGACUUUGUGACCAUCUUCAGGAAGCUCAUGGUUAUUCUGGCCAUGAAUGAGAAGGUACAAUAUUGACAGUGUAUUGCUUUUUAUAUAGUAUACCGACUAUAUGAUACUUCCACUAUCUCUCAUACACAUUGCUAUGUUUUGAACCAUAUAAAAACAUGAACCUAGGACCAGAAAGCAUUCUAAAUACAAUGUGUACGAUUAACCAGCAUAUUGUAGUGUUGUACUUUGCAUGGUUUAAUGUCAAUUAGCUGAAGUGAAAAUGGAUGUCUGUUUUAUAAAGAGCUGUAUUGUUCUCUUUAUUUAGCAGGACAACAAGAAGAAGGAGAAGAAGUAAAUGUGGAGGAAUGCAAGCAAAUAAAAUAUCUGUGACCUGGAAUUGCAUCAGGAGUGCUUCUGCUGCAUUCACAUUAAUUGCUUAAUUAUUCUAAAUCAUUAUUUAGACCAUAUUUGAUUUUGUACUUUGAUAUAGUGUCUUAAUUUUUAGGAAUCGAUUGGUUGGAUUUGGAAUUUGGCGUAAGGUUUGAUGUAUUUAAAAGUAGAUGUGAAGGUCCUAGACGUCCCCGUGUUUUUUUUUUGGUGUUUUCUUAAAGAACUCCCGUUUUGAAGGGAUGGUGUAGUUUUGUGAAGUUAACUAACAGACUUAUUUAGAUAGUUAUUUUUGCGUUGUCAGGUAACGAUUUGAGGAGACAAUUUGUUUGUUCUUUGCUCUUCCAUCUGAUUAAGUAGGAAAUCAAUGCCUCAAAUAAUUUUAAAAGGCCACUUUUUAUAUACCUACUGAUAAAAGUGCAGUAUCCGUUUGGAGUUGUGGGAGGUUGUUAAUUCUGUGAAUGUCCAUUUGGGAAUUCUGCCACUUAACCCCCCCACACCAUUAUUAGUCUCAAUUAUGACAUCACAGGCUUUCAGCGUUGCGAUGAGUAAUGAAGAACAUGAGUUUGUAAGGUGGUCAUUUACAUGGUUUAUCAUUUAUUAGCACAUGACAAAUAUUACUACUGCUAUUACAGUACAAUCCCAUUUUACUGAAGUCAUGCGUUUAACAUUUCCCCUUGACUGAUCAGAGUAAUUUACUGGUUUAAUUUAAGGCAUUGAUUGUCUCAAAGUGAGGCUGCUCUAACCACAGUCUUUUUAUGUUGUAGGUUGUGCCAUUUAGGGGAUAUUAGUUUUUUUAAUAAGAUGCAAAUGAUAGAGCAGACCAAGCUUUGCAUCUUAAAUGUUAAAUAUCUAGACCUGACAGGACUCAUUAAAACACAAAUGAUUGCUAUAGCAGUUGUAUGAUAUUUGUCAAUGGUAAUUGCUGGUGGUGGUGUUGUCCGCUAUGGUGUCAAGAAAGUGAUGUUUAUGGAUUGACAAGUGUAAUAUAUUUCUUGUCAAGCUUGUUCUCUUUCCCUUACUAACAAAGAUUCAGUGCUUGAAAUAGAGGUGAUCACUAGAACCUGUUUCAUGUAUUGAGGUGAAAUGAAAGAAAUCCCACUAAUCUUCAUGGUAUGCCCAAGGUGCAGGGGUGACAUUUAUUUACAAGGUGCACUUACAGUUUUAAUUAAGUAAUUUCUUGUGACAGGGGUUAUGGGAUUAAUUGAGAAGGUAUGGCAUUUCUGCCAAAUUCAAACCAUUCUAGUCAAUUAACUCAUUGAAUCACAUGGCAUAGCAUCCAGUUACCAGUCAGAACUGGUCCUCAACUACCCAUGUCCUUGGAUAAAGGAUUAGCCAUUACAAAUGUUUCAUCCUCUUCCUUGAUGUUGGGGGAAUCAAGAUGAAGUUAAAUUCACUGUUUCCUUUCUGAUAUGGGUUGUAUUCCUUAGGUUAACCUUAGUUGAAUGACAUUGAACAGAAUCUGGCAGUCAAACAUCCUCUUUGAUAUGCAGCUCAAGGCUUUCUUUUCUUAGUGCCAAUAACAAGUUUACCAAACUAAUCACCUGUUGCUUCUCAACUUGAGGAUUUUACUGUUUAAGAAAUGAAAUAACUGCAUAUCUUAUACUGUGAAAUUUGUUUUGCUUUUACAGGAAUUACUGUUGUAAUUCUGCUACAUUAAUGUAAUUUGUUAAAAUAAAGUUUGAUUAAGUCAAUGAGACUUAUGCUCAUGUUUUAAUAACUGGUUGCAAAGUAGCACAUACAUCCCUAUGGGGAUUUUUAACAGGGCUUAGAUCACUUCUAUCUGACAGUGUACAAAACAUUAGGAACA